AUGGCUUCACUUCUGACCCGGCUCAAGGAAAUUUUUGGGGCAACACCCGCGUUUCAGUCAUUGACAAGAGUGAGCAUCGUGAGUGAGGACGAUUUUGAGAGUGACAAGGCUUUGCUACAGCAUCUCAGUGACAGCCCGAUCAACCGCUAUGUCCCAGAUCAGGAUUCGGGCGCAUCGGCUUAUACAGGCAGUAAUCGCAAAUAUAGAUUCGAUUUCAGACUUGGCUACCUGGGCAUCGUCGGUCCCAAGCGCUGGCUUGUAGCAAAUGGCUUGCUUUUCUCAGAUUCAGAUGCUUUUAUUGUGGUCGCCGAUGCUUUCAAUCCAUAUAUACGGCAUAUGCUCAAGGAUUGCUUGGAGCUAUCUGCGAAGGGAACAGUCAAUUCUAAACCGAUGGAUUUCUACCCUACAACCAAGAAAGGGAUUCCAUGGCUGAUUCUGGUCAAUUUUAGAGGGGAGCCACUGGAUAAACAGAAAGCCCAGGAACAGGUUGAAUUACUACAACUGGAUGCACUAGAUGUGGAUUGGCAUUUCUGUCCAGUCUCUACAACUUCAGGUGCCGGUAUUGAUGAUGCGGCGUCGUUACUUCGCAAGAAGUUAGAUACACUUGGUUCAAAAUGGCAGGAUAUUCAACAGUGA